ACUCCCAUCAGAUUCCUCAACAACAUGGAAGCAGAAAACCAAACAGGUGUCCCAGAUUUCCUCCUCCUGGGGCUCUCGGGUGACCCAGAGCUGCAGCCCGUCCUCUUCGGGCUGUUCCUGUGCGUGUACCUGGUCACGGUGCUCGGGAACCUGCUCAUCGUCCUGGCCGUGGUCUCUGACGCCCGCCUGCACACCCCCAUGUACUUCUUCCUCUCCAACCUGUCCUUUGUAGACAUCUGCUUCAGCACCACCACUGUCCCCAAGAUGCUGGUGAACAUCCGGCGGCGGAGCAAAGCCAUCAGUUACGCGGGCUGCCUCGCCCAGGUCUGCCUGGUGCUGGCUUUCGCGGGAUUGGAGAACUUUCUCCUGGCGGCGAUGGCCUAUGACCGCUACGUGGCCAUCUGCCAUCCGCUGAGGUACACGCGCGUCAUGGACCCCCGGCUGUGCGGGUUGCUGGUGUUGAGCUCUCUGGUCAUCAGCGUUGGGGACGCCCUCCUCCACAGCCUGAUGGUCUUGCAGCUGUCCUUCUGCGGGGACCUGGAAAUCUCCCACUUCUUCUGCGAACUCGCGCAAGUCCUCAAGGUCGCCUGCUCCGACACCUUGGUCCACAGCGUCCUGGUGUACGCAGUGACUAGCGUGUUGGGUGGCGUUCCUCUCCUCGGCAUUAUUUUCUCUUAUGCCCAGAUUGUCUCCUCCAUCCUGAGGAUGCCAUCCCCCGGGGGGAAGUUCAAAGCGUUCUCCACCUGUGGCUCCCACCUCUCGGUUGUUUUGUUGUUCUACGGGACCGCGUUUGGGGUGUACAUCAGCUCUGCCGUGACUGCCGCGUCCACCGGGGUGGCAGCAGCCUCCGUGAUGUACACGGUGGUCCCGCCAAUGAUCAACCCCUUUAUCUAUAGCCUGAGGAACAGGGACAUGAAGGGAGCCCUGAGGAAACUCGUCGGAAGAACAGCUCUUUGGUGA